AGGAGCAGGAGCAUCAGCGCGAGUAGCUGCGAGCAGCCGCGGCGGCGGCGGAGCUUCGUUGCAGUUGCGCCAUCUGUCAAGAGCUGAACGGGAGGGGAGAGGGCUGCCGCGGGAAAGGAGGAGGGGGUCGUUGUGAGCCGGAGGCCGCGGAGACCCGCCCGCUCGCCUGCCGACCGCGGGAACCGAGGCGAGGCUAUCUUAAGAGCCGCGCGUCCUCCGCCGUCCGGGUUCGCGGCGCUUCACCCUGCGCCCGGAGGACUCCCCGGGCGCACACAAAGCCUCCGCCUGCACCUUACCGCCCGGCGGCCGCCGCCUGCGCCGGAAAGGGAUCUGGCCGCCGGGCAGGGGAUACCCGGCGCCGCCCCCUCGGCGCUCUCGGAAGGCCCACCAGCUCCCGAGCCAGCCGGACCCCCUGGAGCUGCCUGGGCCGCGCUGGAGGAGGGCGGGGAGAGGACCAUGUGAAUGGGUUCCGGAGCCUGAGCGCCGCACAGUUGUUUGAAGAAGCAGGAUGCUGAUCUAGACGUGGAAAAAGACCACUCCAGCAGCUGUAUUAGAAGACAUGUGGUGUGUAUAAAGUUUGCGUAGUUGGGGGAAAUUUUGGCCAUGCCUGUUUCCUGAAAACCCAGAGAGAGGAAUUUAGAUAAUGGGCUGUGUGCAAUGUAAGGAUAAAGAAGCAACAAAACUGACAGAGGAGAGGGAUGGCAGUCUGAACCAGAGCUCCGGGUACCGCUAUGGCACAGACCCCACCCCUCAGCACUACCCCAGCUUCGGCGUGACCUCCAUCCCGAACUACAACAACUUCCACGCCGCAGGAGGCCAAGGACUCACCGUCUUUGGGGGUGUGAACUCUUCGUCUCAUACUGGGACCUUGCGUACGAGAGGAGGCACAGGAGUGACCCUGUUUGUGGCCCUUUAUGAUUAUGAAGCACGGACAGAAGAUGACCUGAGUUUUCACAAAGGAGAGAAAUUUCAAAUAUUGAACAGCUCGGAAGGAGACUGGUGGGAAGCCCGCUCCUUGACCACCGGAGAGACGGGUUACAUUCCUAGCAAUUACGUGGCUCCAGUUGACUCUAUCCAGGCAGAAGAGUGGUACUUUGGAAAACUUGGCCGGAAAGAUGCUGAGCGGCAGCUUUUGUCCUUUGGAAAUCCACGAGGUACCUUUCUCAUCCGUGAGAGUGAAACCACCAAAGGUGCCUAUUCACUUUCUAUACGUGAUUGGGAUGAUAUGAAAGGAGACCAUGUCAAACAUUAUAAAAUUCGCAAACUUGACAAUGGUGGAUAUUAUAUCACCACCCGGGCCCAGUUUGAAACACUUCAGCAGCUUGUACAACAUUACUCAGAGAAAGCUGAUGGUUUGUGUUUUAACUUAACUGUGAUUGCAUCAAGUUGCACCCCACAAACUUCCGGAUUGGCUAAAGAUGCUUGGGAAGUUGCACGUGAUUCGUUGUUUCUGGAGAAGAAGCUGGGUCAGGGGUGUUUCGCUGAAGUUUGGCUUGGUAAGGCAGAGGGCACCUGGAACGGAAACACAAAAGUAGCCAUAAAGACUCUUAAACCAGGCACCAUGUCCCCCGAGUCAUUCCUUGAAGAGGCGCAGAUCAUGAAGAAGUUGAAGCAUGACAAGCUGGUCCAGCUGUAUGCGGUGGUGUCCGAGGAACCCAUCUACAUUGUCACCGAGUACAUGAACAAAGGAAGUUUACUUGAUUUCUUAAAAGAUGGAGAAGGAAGAGCUCUGAAACUACCUAAUCUUGUGGACAUGGCAGCACAGGUCGCUGCGGGAAUGGCUUACAUUGAGCGCAUGAAUUAUAUCCACAGAGAUCUGCGAUCAGCAAACAUUCUAGUGGGGAAUGGACUAAUAUGCAAGAUUGCCGACUUUGGAUUGGCCAGACUGAUCGAAGACAAUGAGUACACAGCCAGACAAGGUGCAAAGUUCCCCAUUAAGUGGACAGCCCCCGAAGCAGCCCUGUACGGCAGGUUCACAAUCAAGUCUGAUGUGUGGUCUUUCGGAAUCUUACUCACAGAGCUGGUCACCAAAGGAAGAGUGCCCUACCCAGGCAUGAACAACCGGGAGGUGCUGGAGCAGGUGGAGCGCGGCUACAGGAUGCCCUGUCCACAGGACUGCCCCAUCUCUCUGCACGAGCUCAUGAUCCACUGCUGGAAGAAGGACCCGGAAGAACGGCCCACUUUCGAGUACUUGCAGGGCUUCCUAGAAGACUACUUCACAGCCACAGAGCCCCAGUACCAGCCUGGUGAAAACCUGUAAGACGCGGGUCAGCAGAGAGAGGCCUUGUCCCAGAGGCCUCCGCCCCCUCCCCAUUAGCUUUCAAUUCUGUAGCCAGCUGCUCCGGGGCAGCGGGAACAGCCCAGGAUCAGAUUGCAUGUGACUCUGAAGCUGACGAACUUCCAUGGCCCUCACUUGUCCCCAGAUCCGAACCUCCUCUGUGAAGCAUACAAGACAGAACCUUGUUAUUUCUCAGACUUUGGAAAAUGCAUUGUAUCCUUGUUGCGUAAAAGGCCAAACCUCUGUUCCGUGUAAAUAGUUACUCCAGUGCCAACAAUCCUAAUGCUUUCCUUUUUUAAAAAUGCAAAUCCUAUGUGAUUUUAACUCUGUCUUUACCUGAUUCAACUAAAAAAAAAAAGUAUUAUUUUCCAAAAGUGGCCUCUUUGUCUAAAACAAUAAAAUUUUUUUUCAUGUUUUAACAAAAACCAAUCAGGACAGGUGUUUGUUUUUUUUCCUUUUUUAUAAAUAUGAAUACACAUAAUAUAUACGUCCCUGUACAUACACCAUGUGGGUGCUAACAUGGAGACCAUGCCCGGCCUGGGCCACGAAGCUUCAGGACCCAGAGUGAGGAUUUUACUGCAAAAUCGGCAUAUAAAAGCACUGGUGUUAUUCUGAAAAACCAGUGGCCUCAUUUUUGGCUUUUUCAGAGCAUGAUUUUCUUUUUGUAAUUUGGAUUGCUCUUUUUGGUUCAUGUCCGUACCUGUAGAUGGCUGUUACAGUGACUCUUUUCAACGGCCCCCGGAACUGAAUUCACGAGUUCUGUUUCCAGUAUUUGCUUCGACCUACCACAGUUUGUUCUUGAAACUUCAAAGUGAGCAUUUUUAAGCCAGCAAAUGGGCACUACUACCAGGGGAACUGGAAGAUGGAUACCACACAAACUUCUUGUACAAAAAUAUGAAUGCUGAAAUGUUUCAAACUUUUUAAUUUAAUAAAUCUUGUAACCACAUUUAAAUGGUCUAAAACCCAUAGCAUUGUAGUCAUGGCAACCUGCUAAACUUUCUCAUGCAACUAAAACUUAUGGGGAAGAUGAGGGUGGGGGUUGUACAUUUCCCAUUGUAAAAUAAGUGUUUUAAAUGUCCUGUACUGCUAAUGAAUUGACUUUCUAUAUGUCCAAGAAUUCUCCAGUGGAAUAACUAUGCACUACUUGACAUUUCAUGGGGAUGCACAAAAAAGAAAAAAGUAUUACAUUUUUAGUUGCUGUUUGUACCAACCUUGAAUUACAUGUUUAACAACAAAUCAAAAAGCCUAUUUCUAUUGAGUUUUUAAUACUGAGUAGCAACUCUGAAGUCUUAAUUACUUUUUCUGUUAUGAUUUAUUUGUGAGUUUACAUUUUUAAAUUGUUUAACUUUCUUAAUUUAGUAAUUAAAAAGAGAACAUUU